AUGCAGCUCGAAGUUAUUCUGACAGAUUUGAGGGCGAAAUUCCCCUGCCUGAAGUACGUUCUACGGCCGCAGUACGCGCCAUAUUUGAACACAGCUGGCACAGUGUUGCUAGGCUGGUUGAUAGUGUCCUGGAUUUCUUACAUAAUCUGGGUGUUCCUCGCGCCCCUCACGGUCACCGUCGCCGCCAUAAUCCUAAUUUGCCCGACGACCGCGAAAUGGUGCGUCAAACAAACGGUCCCCGGUUUGGAGGCCGUGUUCAACAAUUUUUUGGAGAAGUUACACUCCAUUCUCUCCCAGAUACACGACUGACCGAAAGAUCC